AUGAUAAUUAUCAUCAUUAUACUUAUUAUCAUCAUUAUAAUAAUUAUAAUUAUAAUUAUAAUGAUUAAUUACAUUAUAAAACGCAAAGAAAAGAAAGAACAAGAGAAAACAACAACAAUAUUUAAAAUUUCACAAUCAAAUAUCAAAUUCAUAUCACUUGGAGAUGGAAUAAUAACAAAUAAAAAAGAAAUAGAAAUAGGAGAAGGAGAAAAAAUUGAAGUAAAUAAAGAAAUCAGAGAAUUAAUAUGUAUUGGAAAUGAAAAGAAAGAAAAAAAGAAAAUACAAAUAAGUAAUAAAGAAGAAAAUGAAAAAUAUUCAAUUAGAACAAACCCAAAUAUCAUUACAAUUGAAGGAGGAUAUGCAUGUGAAUUUGAAAUAUUCAUUAUAAUCAAAUGUACUACUAAAAUUAAAGAACAAAUGAUGAUAAUAAGUAAAACACUUAAUAAAACACAAGAAGAAAUAAUUAAAAGUAUUUCAAUUAAAGGAGAAACACAAAUAUCAACACGACUUGAUCCAGAUGAAAUAAAAGAAGAACAUAAAAUAGGAGAAGGAUCAUUUGGAAUCGUAUAUAUAGGAGAAUUUAGAGGAAAUCAAGUAGCAAUUAAAAAAAUGAAACAAAUUGAUAAAGAUGAAGAUAAAAUGAAAGAAUUUGAGAAAGAAGUAAUGAUGUUAGAUAAAUUUAGAAGUGAAUAUAUUAUUCAUUUUUAUGGAGCAGUAUUUAUUCCUAAUAAAAUAUGUAUGAUAACAGAAUAUGCAAAAUAUGGAUCAAUACAAGAUUUAAUUAAUAAAAGAACAAACACUGAAAUACCAAAUAAAAUAAGAAUUAAAUUCAUGAUAGAUGGAGCAAAAGGAAUUUCAUAUCUUCAUUCAAAUGGAAUACUACAUCGAGAUAUUAAACCAGAUAAUUUUCUUGUUAUAACACUUGAUGAUAAUAUUGGAGUUAAUUGUAAAUUAACAGAUUUUGGAAGUUCAAGAAACAUUAAUAUGAUGAUGACAAAUAUGACAUUUACAAAAGGGAUAGGAUCACCUAUUUACAUGGCACCAGAAGUACUUAAUCGAGAACAUUACAAAAUGGAAUCAGAUAUAUAUUCAUAUUCAAUAACAAUGUUACAAAUCAUUACAUGGAAAGAACCAUUUCCUAAAACAGAAUUUAAAUUUCCAUGGAAAAUAGCCGAAUUCAUAUCAACAGGUAAACGACCAACAAUAAUACAAGAAGUUAAAGAAGAUAUUAAAGAAAUUAUUGAAAAAACAUGGAAACAAGAACCAAAAGAAAGAAUAACGAUAAAAGAAGUAGAAAAAAUGUUAGAAAGUAUUGAAAUUAAUAAUUGA